AUGGCAUCCAAGAAAAGACAACAGUGGGACGAGCAUGAUAUGCGACAGGCUAUUGAGAACGUACAAGAUCACAGUAUGGGCUUUAAGUUGGCUGCAAAGACCUUCAAUGUUCCCAAAACAACUUUGCGAAGGCGUUUGGCUAAACAGGACAGUUCCAAGGGUAAUUUGGGAGGACGAACCGCAAUUUUCUCUAAAGCCAUCGAAGAGGAGAUUGCAGGAUAUAUUAUUGAUAUGGAAACACGUUUUUUUGGUUUAACCUCUAAAGAUUUGCGGCGGAUGGUAUUCGAAGUAGCCGAAAAAAAUAAAAUAGAGCAUCGUUUCAAUCGUGAAACAAAAAUGGCAGGUUGGAAAUGGGUGAGGGGAUUCCUGAAGCGCAAUCCACGAAUUUCUUUGCGUAGUCCAGAAAGUACAUCAUUAGCUAGAGCACAGGCUUUUAACAAGCCUAAUAUUCAAGCCUAUUUCAAUGUACUAUCUAACACUCUGGAGCAGUACAACUUUCCUCCCGAAAAUAUAUUUAAUAUGGAUGAGUCAGGUUUGACUGCGGUCCAAAAGAAAUGUCAAAAAAUUUACGCUUCAAAAGGUCGGAAGCAAGUUGGUGCACUCAGCAGUGCAGAGCGUGGGCAGCACGUGACCGUAGUGUGCGCAAUGAAUGUCAUGGGCACUUACAUCCCUCCUGCUCUUAUUUACCCUCGUCAAAAGAUGAACGAUGAGCUUAUGAACGGUGCUCCCGUUGGUAGCAUAGCUUUCGUACAAGAAAAAGGUUGGAUGACCAGUGAAAUUUUUUGUAGAUGGCUAAAGCAUUUCGUGAAGUAUACGAAACCAUCUAAUAACAAUAAGGUUCUUUUGCUCCUAGAUGGGCACAGUAGCCAUAAGAGUCUCGAAUCUCUUCAGUUUGCAAAAGAAAAUGGGACUGGCAUUCAUCCUUUCAAUCCUCAUGUCUUCGAGGACUGGCAGUUUGCACCAGCUUUAGCAACGGAUAAGCAGAUUCCCGAGGCUCAAGGAGAUAUCAUCGAGAACCAAAUGGAAUUAGAAAUUCAAACCCCAUCCACAUCUGGUCUUAACAUGUCUUCAUCGUCAGUUCUCGACAUUUCUGCGAAGGAAAUUUGUCCUCCCCCUCAAACUGUAGCAAUUGGUACUGAUAAAAAAAAUGCAGAAGGGGAAAAACUGGUCAUUUGA